AUAGCAGCUCCUUCCAAGAUGGCGGCAGCGACGGUGGACCCGGGAGCUGGGAACCCGCAGGCUGGAGACUCCUCCGGCGGGGGCACAGGGGGCGGGCUGCCGUCCCCGGGGGAGCAGGAGCUGAGUCGGCGCUUGCAGCGCCUGUACCCCGCGGUUAACCAGCAUGAGACGCCGCUGCCGCGCUCCUGGAGCCCCAAGGACAAGUACAACUACAUCGGCCUCUCCCAGGGCAACCUCCGUGUCCACUACAAAGGUCAUGGCAAAAAUCACAAGGAUGCGGCCUCAGUGCGUGCCACCCAUCCUAUACCUGCUGCCUGUGGCAUUUAUUACUUUGAGGUGAAGAUUGUAAGCAAGGGAAGAGAUGGGUACAUGGGAAUAGGACUCUCAGCUCAAGGUGUCAACAUGAACAGACUUCCUGGUAUAGCCUUCACAGACCUCCCGGCCAACCUGUACCCCACCGUAGGCCUGCAGACACCAGGGGAGAUUGUGGAUGCCAACUUUGGGCAGCAGCCCUUCUUGUUUGACAUUGAGGACUACAUGCGGGAGUGGCGCGCCAAGGUCCAGGGCACUGUCCACUGCUUCCCCAUCAGUGCCCGGCUUGGCGAGUGGCAGGCGGUGCUGCAGAACAUGGUCUCAUCUUACCUGGUGCAUCAUGGGUAUUGUGCCACGGCCACGGCUUUUGCCCGAAUGACUGAAACCCCGAUUCAGGAAGAACAGGCGUCCAUAAGGAACAGACAAAAGAUCCAGAAGCUGGUAUUGGAGGGCCGUGUGGGUGAGGCCAUUGAGACCACACAACGCUUCUACCCAGGGCUGCUGGAGCACAACCCCAACCUUCUCUUCAUGCUCAAGUGCCGACAGUUUGUAGAGAUGGUGAACGGGACUGACAGUGAGGUCCGCAGCUUGAGCUCUCGAAGCCCCAAGUCCCAGGACAGCUUCCCUGACUCCCCCAGCCUCAGUCCCCGCCAUGGCCCUGGUAGUUCCCGCAUGCACAACACAGGAGCAGACAGUCCCAGCUGCAGCAAUGGUGUCACAUCUACCAAGAGCAAACAGAACCACAGUAAAUACCCUGCACCCAGCUCCUCAUCUUCGUCCUCGUCCUCCUCAUCUUCCUCCUCCCCGUCCUCUGUCAAUUACUCUGAAUCCAACUCAACAGACUCCACCAAGUCCCAGCCCCAGAGCAGCACCAGUAACCAGGAGACCAGCAACCUGUAUCUAAAGCCUGAAUGCUGGCUCAGCCAGGCUACUCCAACCAUACCCCCUUGGCCAACUCCCACCUCAACCCUUUUCCACAGCGACAGUGAGAUGGAGAUGGAGGCAGAGCAUUACCCCAAUGGUGUGCUGGAGAGCAUGUCCACACGCAUUGUCAAUGGCACCUACAAGCAUGAGGACCUGCAGACAGAUGAGUCCAGCAUGGACGAUGGGCAUCCUCGGCGGCAGCUCUGCGGAGGCAACCAGGCUGCCACAGAAAGGAUUAUCCUGUUUGGCCGUGAGUUGCAGGCACUGAGUGAGCAGUUGGGCCGGGAGUACGGCAAGAAUUUGGCCCACACAGAGAUGCUACAGGAUGCCUUCAGUCUGCUGGCGUACUCGGACCCCUGGAGCUGCCCUGUUGGCCAGCAGCUUGAUCCCAUCCAGAGGGAGCCAGUGUGUGCUGCGCUCAACAGCGCCAUUUUAGAAUCUCAAAACCUGCCAAAGCAGCCUCCUCUGAUGCUCGCCCUGGGCCAGGCCUCUGAAUGUCUGCGGCUCAUGGCCCGAGUGGGCCUGGGAUCUUGCUCCUUUGCCAGAGUUGACGACUACUUGCACUAGCUGACCAUGCUGGCUGGCUCCAUCUGACCCUCCCUCAGCUCCCGGGGCUGGAGCUGCCCUGCCCUCCUUAGGCAUCUGGCACAGGGACCUAGAAGCCAUGGGCAGAGUCCACUCCUGCCACCUCCUGCCCAGCCUUCCCCUCCUCUCCUUUCCCUUCCUGCCUUCCUUCCUUCCUUUUCCCACUCCUUCAAUCUCUCUCUCUCCCCUUCACGUGCAACGGCCUGUGACACAGUAUUGGCUGGUUAUGCUCAUGUAGCGCCUUCUACUUGGAAGGGGGGUAUUGUUUUGAAGGGAGGUUGGGGUUUUUAAUCUUUUUUUCCCUUCUGACUGAGCCACCAGUAUUUAUCUCUGGAGAGUUUGUGCUGAGCUGGUUUCUGCUAAUUUAGUGAUGAAGCCUAUCCAAGUUGGCGAGAGCUUAUUAUUUUCAUAA